AUGGCGUGUCUGAUCAGCAAACGAAACCUCAAUUGGCCUGGACGUCAACGGCCGGCGACUGGAAAUCCUGAUGCGGUCAACAAACGGCCACGAGGGCAUGUCAGGUUGAAGAAGAGAGUGCAGAAGCUGUCAGGGAACGAUGCUACAGAUGGCGACGAGGUGGCCGUUGUGGAGAAGAAUGACGACGACUCAUGGGCGCAGUGUCCACAGCCGAGAAGCAUUUAA